AUUAUUUACUGUUUCAUCGUAGCUAGGAGAUGUUCCUGGGUGUCGUAUUGCGAUAUACAGAAAGGAGAUUCGUCCCCCUAUUUUUUCUUCUUAUUCGAUGCGAAAACUAUCGAAAUAACUGCUAUAAUAGAAGACUUACAGAUUGGACUUAUUAUCGGAGCGGAGUACUUAGUUCUAUUGGAACUCUUUGCUCAACUUAUUCUGUCCAUUAAUCGAUUCACCGGCGUAUACUAUCCAGUGAAGUACAAUCGCGUAUGUUUGCUUAACGCGAUAACAUUUGAAAACCACUUGUUAGUGUUUUUCAAAAUUGAUCACGGAUAUGGAGCAAAUGAAAAUAACAGGUUUACUGGUUUUUUCUAUUUGCAGGGUGUGAUAUUAUUAGAUGCGUUACACAGCAAAACCCAUGAAGGAGUGCUUGUCGUCAUGGUGCUCACGUUCACUCGCGACGCUCUCGCCCUAUCGAAUCCGUGGCUUCUGUUGAUACUAUCGAAAUCGUUUCGUUCCCGUUUUCUGAAUGUGGUACGUUGUGCUGCUGCUCAACGGAAUACCGUAGUAUGA